CACAGGAAACAUGAUUUGCCAGUUGUCCACAGUGUCCGUGUUUCUGCUCCUGGUGUCCACUGACGCCUCCGUGGCCUUCGUUCACACUUUUGAGUACGAAGACUUUGAUACAGGCGACACGCUGCUCUGCACACGCUGCCCUCCGGGGACGUACGUGUCGUCUCCAUGCACCAGUACCCAUGACACCGUGUGUCUGCCGUGUCCUAAGGAACACUUCACAGAGUUCUGGAACUUCCUGCCCAAAUGUCUGUACUGCUCCAACAUCUGCGAGGGAAAUCGAGUGGUGAAAGAGCAGUGCUCGGCCACGCACAACCGAGUGUGCGAGUGUAAAGAAGGACACUACUGGCAGGACGACUUCUGCGUCCCGCACACACGGUGUCCUCCUGGACUGGGCGCUGAGAUAAUCGGUAACACGCAGAGGAACACACAAUGCAAGAAGUGUCCCAAUGGUACGUUUUCAGCAGAGACGUCCUCCAGCGCUCAGUGUAUCAAACAUACAGACUGUGAGAUGCUUCAUGUCCUUCUUCCAGGCAAGACGUGGCACGACAACAUCUGCUCAUCGUGUGCUAAUCUUACCAACAAAGACUCAGGAGGAUUAAACCUGAUCCGAAAUGUUCUUCCGGGAUUGUUCUCCCGCGGGAACAUCAGACUGAGCAAACUGAAGAGAUUUGUCCAUCUACUCAGUGAUAAGGACAACGACUGUUGGCCACGAUGCCCCAAAACGAGAGCGAUGCUGCUUCACACCAUCACUGUGUGGACUGAAAACGCUCCCACACACAAGCUGAAGGCUUUACCCACGAUGCUUCUGAGAUCAGGUCUCCGAAGCAGUGUUGAAAAAGUCCAGGACAUGGUGACGAGGAUCGAGGAGAAGAUAUCCGUGUGUCAAAAUCUUUUGGACUUCUAAAUCUGUGUUGGGAGACACUUCACUAGUAGAAAUAAUGAAAUAAAUGUUAUGGUUUACUCAGUA